AUAUUGUUUGGCCAGGUAAUUCAUUAAUAAUUCCAACUGAUCGAGCAAUACUUAAAGGUAAACGUUUACGAAUUGGUAUAAUUGAAUCGAUUCCAUUUACAAUAAUAAUAAAUUAUAUUGAUAAUCUUGGGCAGAAUAAAACAAAAUACACUGGUUAUAUAUGUGAUCUUAUUGAACUUUUAAAAAAUAAAAUAGGAUUUGUUUCAGAUAUUCAACUAGUACAGUCAAAUCAACCUUAUUCAGAAUCAGUUGAAGCUGUAGCUAAAGGUGAUUAUGAUAUUAUUAUUGGUGAUGUAACAAUUACUGCUGCACGAAUAGAAUUAGUCGAUUUUUCUAAUGUAAUAUUUGAUACUUCUGUAGGAAUUAUAGCUCGAAGAAUACCUGAUGUUAAUAUUGAUCCUUUAUCAUUUUUAAAGCCAUUUUCAAGUCAACUUUGGUUAUUAGUCUUUGGUAUUUGUAUCUAUGCUGCUUUUUUACUUUGUCUUAUUGAAAGACAAGAUAACGAAAGAUUACAAAAUCGAUCCAUAUUAUUUCAAUUUCUAAUGAGUGUUUGGUAUUCUUUUGGUAAUAUUGUUGGAUAUGGUGUUGAUUUUAACGUUAAUACUGUUGCUGGACGUUUAUUAACUGCUGGUUUAUAUAUGUUAAGUUUAAUAUUAUUAGCGACAUAUACUGCAAAUUUAACAUCUGAUCUAACAAUAUCAAAAUCAAAAGAUAUUAUUUCGGGAAUUGAUGAUAUCAAAGAUGGAAAAAUUCCAUCUGAUCGUAUUGGUGUUCUUGUUGAUACAGCAAUUGAAGAAUAUUAUUUAAAAGAAAUAUCUUUUGGUCGUCGAGAUUAUUAUCCAUUAAAAUCUCGAAACGAAUUAUAUGAUAGUUUACUAGAAGGAAUUAUUGAUGUUGCGUUCUUGGAUUCUGCCAUAGCGGAAUAUUUUACAAAUAAUAUUUAUUGUAAUUUAACUUUAAUUGGAGAAGAUUUUCGUAAAGGAGGUUAUGGAAUUAUUAUUCCAAAAAAAUGGGUGUAUGCGAACGAUUUAGAUGUUCAAAUUUUAUCAUUAAGAGAAUCAGGUCAACUUGAACAGUUAAGACGAAAAUGGUUUCAAAAAAAGAUUUGUCCUAUUUCAUAUGAAAUAUCGACUGCCAUACAAAUUAAAUCAAUGGGUGGAUUAUUUUUAAUUUUUGGACUUAUUACUAUUCUAUCAUUCUUAUUAUUUCUAUGGUCGAAACGAUCUACUUUUAAAAAAUAUUUCUUUAUUGUAUUAUCUUGA